UGCUUAAUUUCUCUCUGGCGGUUCAUUAUUAGUUUGGGAUAUGGCUGCUGUCUCGUCCCUGAUGAAAGGUAAGUCUCUCGAAGGGGAAGGGGCGAGAUCAGUUUCACGUGAAUGGCUGCCGUCCUCUCCCUCCGCACCAUCUUUCAACUUCAUCCCAACCUCUCUUCUGGGAGGGUUACCAUAAAGCCCAGGGCCGCCCUCCAUGAAGCUCACAGCAUGCGAGUCCCUUACCAGCUCAAACAGAAACAAUCUCGUCUUUUCCACCGGCUCCCCUCCGGCCUGAACAUGGAGGUAAUCGUGCACAAAAAAGUUGAAGAAAAACAAUCAGGCGAGGAAAAACAGAGACCAAGUGAAAACCCACCUCUUGUUUUCGUCCAUGGAAGCUACCAUGCUGCUUGGUGCUGGGCUGAGCACUGGCUUCCUUUCUUUUCGGCUUCUGGGUAUGAUUGCUAUGCAGUUAGCUUGUUGGGUCAGGGUGAAAGUGAUGCACCCAGCGCUUCUGUUUCUGGUACUCUCCAGACGCAUGCAAGUGAUGUUGCUGAUUUCAUCUGCAAGGAACUCACGCUUCCACCAGUAUUGAUUGGACACUCUUUUGGAGGGCUCAUUAUUCAAUACUAUAUUGCAAACGCUAAAACUGACCAGAUUUCCGACAAGAGAGAUUUGUUCCCUAAGCUUACCGGUGCUGUGCUUGUCUGCUCCGUUCCUCCUUCGGGUAAUAGUGGCUUAGUGUGGCGUUAUCUCUUCACCAAACCUAUUGCUGCUUAUAAGGUUACACGCAGCUUGGCAGCUAAUGGGUUUCAAACAUCUCUUUCUCUUUGUAAGGAGACAUUUUUUUCCGCAACAAUGGAGGAUCACCUCGUUUUACGCUAUCAAGAGCUAAUGAAGGAAAGUUCAAGAAUGCCAUUGUUUGAUCUGCGGAAGCUCAACGCAUCGCUGCCCGUUCCUUCAGUGCCAAAAUCAGCUAUUGAACUCCUCGUGUUGGGUGCAAAUGAUGAUUUCAUUGUGGAUGCUGAAGGCCUCAACGAGAUAGGCAGGUUUUAUGGUGUCUCUCCUAUCUGUGUUAAAGGGGUUGCCCAUGACAUGAUGUUGGACUGUUUAUGGGAGAAGGGUGCAAAAGCGAUCCUAGCAUGGCUCGAAGAUUUGAAGAGAGAGCAACUUAGAUGAUUACGAAGUUCUCUCUUUCGGGAUGCUUUGGGCCUAAUUCUAAUUACUAAGACGUUUUCGGCCGUUUUAACAUCAUAGCACAAAGUGAGUCCACUGCUAAGGCACUCCAUGUUACAAAUGUCCCAAAAUACUAAUGAAUAUUAAAGCCUAACGUAACUCAAUGCAGUGCAGGGGAAUGACGUGAUAAAAUAUGGAAGUGAUUUCCGCACUUUCUUUUCUCUCCCUCUUGGCAUUCCUUAUUUUCUUCAUGGACAUUACGUCGAGUGGGAUUCACCGGUUCUGUUUAACUAGAGUUUCUCCACCUUUAAACCGCAUAUCUGGCUGCUUAGUCUUUCUGUAAUGUUUAACACUAACUCAUCUCAGUUGGCAUCAGUAAUUCUUUCCCUACAAGGUUUUCUUCUUACAUACAAUAAAUCUUCUAUUUAACUAAGUCUUCUAGA